AUGGCCGCUACAGCCGAGCACGACUAUCUUCGCCCGGAGACAGAAGCGACCACUAAAACGCCAAGACGGCGAGAGGGUCUCGAGCCACCGCCAUGCAUCUCGACAAGUGAUGGGAGCUUUACGAGUGUUAGCCCUCCGACGUCAGUAGCCUCGACGCUGGCCACCCCGUCCUCCGAUGACGACCGGUCCUCAAUAGAAGAAGAAAGGAACAGACUACUUGGGCACGAGCAAUUGAAAGCGCCACUACCCUCAGACCCAGCGCCACUGCCCACACCAUUGCCCUCGCAGGACCGUACGAUGGCGAAUGGACACACAGACGGCGCUGCGGCCAAGUCGCGAAGCCGGAGCAGUAGUCUCAAGGUCCGAAGAUUGUCUGCGGCCGACCUCCAGGAAUUGACCAAGUCUCCUGACUCCUUGCCAAUCGCACCUGCCCCCGAACGACGUUUCGUCGACUUUGACAGGAGAUCAGUGCCCUCUGAUCACCAUGAGUUGUUGCCGAAGUCUGCGAUCGACCCUGGGACAGAUUACGGCCAGUUCGACGGGCGCGGGGGCCGAAGACCGUGGCAGCAGGUAAGAGACAGAGUUGACUUUGGCCAGCCCAGCCCAGCCCCCAGGACGGCAUCAACGCCACCAGCCAACCGCACCAGAUUUCCCAACGAACACUCCGCGGCAGCAACAUCUCCCAGACGGUACUCCUUCAAUCAAUCUAUGCGUCCUCCUCCCUUGAAUCUGAACAUUGAUACACGGCACCUGGCCUCGUUGCCAUCGAUCCGAACGGGCCCUGCCACCAUCACCACACCCAAGAUCCCAGAUCCACAAUCUGCCACAGGGCCACCGUCGCCCUUGCUGGGGAAAAUACCCUUGCCCCCGAUGUCGAUACCCACCCACCUACAGCUUGAGAUUGCAGCACAGCGACCUAGCCCUCUCUAUAUUCAUCAUCCUCAUUCUAAUGACACCCCCUACGAGUCGAGCGCUGUCAAGCUUGAGAGACUCAAAAACGUCCUUCUCCUGCCUCCAUACUUGGAGCGGACCUUGAACUUUGGCGCCCUCGCCUGCUUGGACGCUUGGUUGCACACAUUCACAAUUCUACCUAUUCGAUUCGUCCUUGCCGUUGGAGUCUUGGUCAAAUGGUGGGCUUACGUUUUAUGGAAGGAGGUCAAAUGGCUUGUUGGCUUUGUAUGGGUUGGAAUGGGUAGGCUGCGCCGCCGCGGACGAGAGUCCAAGAGGCAAAACGGACAGUCUGCCGGAGGCCGUUCCCGAAGCUGUAGCACAGCGAGCGAAUUCUCCGUCGACUUUGACACUGCUCCUACACCGCGAGAACGGUACCCGGCUCGGCAACGGGGCGAUUCCCGCCUGAGCGGAACUGGAAGUACCAGACCAGCAGUUCAGAUUCAGAUUCAAAACCAUAACCCCGGGCCUAAAUCCGGCUCUUUCCGUCAUAAGAGGACGAAGUCGAUGCCUUCGAAUCUGACAACUUUCCAUAAGGCGGAUCUCUUACAAGGGGCUGUCAUUAUCUUCAGCUCCAUGGCACUCAUGACGCUUGAUGCAAGUCGAAUGUACCAUUUCAUUCGUGCUCAAUCCGCAAUCAAGCUCUAUGUCAUCUACAAUAUCUUAGAGGUCGGUGAUCGUCUUCUCUCUGCUUUGGGCCAAGAUAUCCUCGAGUGUUUGUUCAGUAACGAAACACUCUCUCGAAACUCAUCAGGUCGUUCGAAAGUUCUUAUGCCACUCGGAAUGUUCAUUCUGGCACUGGUGUACAACUGCCUUCAUUCUGUCGCCCUGUAUUACCAGGUCAUCACGCUUAAUGUCGCCGUCAAUUCGUACUCGAAUGCCCUCCUGACCCUACUUCUGUCUAAUCAGUUUGUCGAAAUCAAGAGCACCGUAUUCAAAAGGUGUGAAAAGGACAAUCUGUUUCAACUUACUUGUGCAGACAUAGUAGAGCGCUUCCAGCUUUGGAUCAUGCUCUUCAUUAUUGGUCUACGCAAUGUUGUAGAAGUUGGUGGUUUAUCAGUUCCUGGAACCGGGCUUGAGGCCGAUGAUGACCUUUCUGGACCCAUUCCUCUUCGAAAUCCUUCAAUUCUCCCACAUAGUUUCACCGUGCUACCUUCGUGGCUGAUGUCUGGGGAAGUCUUGUCACCAUUCCUGAUCGUGAUUGGCAGUGAGAUGUUGGUUGAUUCUAUAAAGCAUGCCUAUGUGACCAAGUUCAACAAUAUCAAACCUGCCUUUUACAGCCGAAUCCUUGAUAUUCUCUGCAAGGAUUACUACACGAAUGCAUUCACAACUCCUCAGUUGACCCGGCGGCUGGGAUUGGCGGUUAUCCCCCUCUCUUGCCUAUUCAUUCGAGCUUCAUUCCAGACAUACCACAUGUUCCUAUCAACUCACUUGCCAAUGCCAGCGCCGCAAUCGACGCAAACCUCCCUAACGGAGGAGCAAGCUGCGCCGUCAUCACCAGCCAUGAUGGCAGCCCUCAACCGUUUUGACACUCUGAUCCGUGAUUCUCUGGGCCGUGCUACGUACGGAUACCCAUACGGGUCACCCCUAAACUCCCGUCCUUGGUACUCUUGGACCUCUGAUGAUGUUAUUGCAGCGCUCACAAUGAUUGUCUUUUUCUUCCUUAUGUUUUUGGUUUUGCUUGUCAUCAAGCUGCUCCUCGGGAUGGUCCUGCUAAAGUAUUCUCGUAAUCGAUACGCCCAGAUGAAACAAAAGGAGGCCCUAAUCGCCGCAGGGAAGGCCGAAAGAGAGGCAUACGAGGCCAACAGCCGCAGGGCCGGUGGUUAUGGAUAUGUAGAAGUGGGCGAGGAGCGGCAGCGAUGGAUACACGCCGACGAGAAGGAAGGGCUGAAAGGCGGCAAGGGGCCCGGCGGGAAGCGAGUCGGGGUAGACGAGAAGAAGAAGCCCGAUGCUGAGUAUAACGGCGUUUUCCGGUACGACAUGGUGGCGAAACGCAUUUGGUAG